UUUUGUCCCAAGAACUGUGGAGGUUUCAGGACUCGACAGGGAGGGAAGUACCGGGGUAGCGAAAAAAAUUGACAGCCGUAAUCCUUUUACUUGAUGAACAAGUUCAUUAACAUAGCACUGAAACUGCAACCGCGACGAAAGUGUGACCGGAGUUGUGUGGACAGCCAUUGCCCAGAAACCGGUGACGUUAGCUGGGUCCGCGCUAAAGGCGGGGGACGGUGGAGGAGACGCUUUUCACGUUACUUUCGUGAUUUAACUUCGAAAGAAUAGAAACUACUGGGCGACGUUUUUGCCAAAGCGCCAAGAGAAAUUGGGAGCAUGCGGUUGAAGCCACGGCUGCUGUAGAAUGAAGAGCCCUGCUCACCGCACUCGGGACAUCGAGCGUCAGGCUGGCUACCUGAGGCCCGAACACUGCGCCCCUCCCCCGCCCCGCGGCACCUCCGACACCAUGUGGUUCAUCCGCGACGGCUGUGGAAUCGUGUGCGCCGUCAUCACCUGGUUGCUGGUCUUCUACGCGGAGUUUGUGGUGAUGUUCGUGAUGCUGUGGCCCGCCAAGAACGUGGCCUACAGCCUCCUCAACGGGGUGCUCUUCAACAGCUUGGCCUUCCUCGCCCUUGCCUCGCACGCCAGGGCCAUGUGCACUGACCCGGGUGCUGUGCCAAAAGGAAACGCGACCAAAGAAUUCAUUGAGAGCCUCCAGCUCAAACCAGGACAGGUGGUCUACAAGUGUCCCAAAUGCUGCAGCAUCAAGCCUGACCGAGCUCAUCACUGCAGUGUGUGCAAACGCUGCAUCAAAAAGAUGGAUCACCAUUGUCCUUGGGUCAACAAUUGUGUUGGAGAGAACAAUCAGAAGUACUUUGUGCUUUUCACGCUGUACAUUGCGUUAAUAUCGUUCCACGCGCUUGCCAUGGUGGGGUUCCAUUUUGUUGUCUGCUUUGAAGAAGAUUGGUCAAAGUGCAGCGCUUUCUCUGCGCCCGCAACGGUCAUCCUCCUCAUCCUCCUGUGCUUCGAGGGCCUUCUGUUCUUAAUCUUCACGGCGAUCAUGUUUGGGACACAGGUGCACUCGAUCUGCUCCGAUGAAACGGGUAUCGAGCAGCUGAAAAAGGAGGAGAGGAAAUGGCUUAAAAAGUCCAAAUGGAUGAACAUGAAGGUGGUUUUCGGGCACCCGUUCUCGGUGGCCUGGCUCAAUCCCUUCGCGACGCCCGAUCACGGCAAAGCGGACGUCUACCAGUACAUAGUGUGAAGGUUAGAGCGUUGAGCAUUGGCACGAAACGACUUAUUAAUGGAGGAAAAAAAAUAAAACUCCUUCAUUAUGUUGCAUCUGUCUUGCUGCGGAUUACCACGUAUAUUGCAAAA